AUGAUCGUAAAAAGCCAAAAGACCGAAGCACAUAUUGCCGACCUGGCCGAGGCGUUCGACACACUACGUAAGUUCGGCAUGCAGCUCAACCCCACAAAAUGCGCCUUCGGGGUCACCUCCGGGAAAUUCCUCGGGUUCAUUAUACAUGAAAGGGGAAUUGACGCCAACCCAGAGAAAGUCCAAGCGAUCAUCAACAUGCAGUCGCCCCGGACGAUCAAAGACCUGCAACGACUGAACGGAAGGAUUUUUGCCAUAUCCCGAUUCCUUGCCCGGUUGGGAGAUCACUACCGCCCCUUCUUCAGGGCGCUCAAGGACCCGAAAAACUUUCGAUGGACAACGGAGUGCAAAGAAGCCUUCAAACAGGUAAAGCAGCGCCUGGCGGACCUCCCCCGGCUCGCCUCUGUUUCUCCCGGCGAAAAGCUGGGCCUCUAUCUAGCGGCCUCGCCCCAUGCAGUCAGUUCGGUCCUGAUUAAAGAAAGCUCGGGCAAACAGCUUCCGAUCUACUACGUUAGCCACAUCCUGAGCGGACCGGAGGGGCGCUACUCGCCGAUAGAGAAACUCGCGCUCGCCCUGGUGCUGUCGGCUCGGAAGUUGCGUACCUACUUCCAGGCGCACCCAGUUGAGGUCAUCACCGACCAACCCCUACGGCAGGUUUUAUCUAAAUUCGAUGUUGCAGGUCGGCUUCUCAAGUGGGCAGUAGAGCUAGGCGAGCAUGAUAUAAGAUACGUGCCCAGGACCGCCAUCAAAGCACAGGCAGUGGCCGACUUCAUCGCAGAGCUAACCCAGGUGAUGGGCGAGGAUCUAGAGCAUCCCCCCGAAGCUUUGAUCCUACACGUGGACGACUCAUCCAACUCAAAGGGCGCCGGCACGGGACUGGUCCUCCUCGCCCCUGACGGGCACUCGUUCGAGCGCUCCCUCCGCUUCGGGUUCAAGGCCACUAACAACGAGGCGGAAUACGAAGCGCUCCUGGCAGGACUCAGGCUGGCCCUCGAGAUGCAGGUGGCCGCUGUACACGUCCUCACUGACUCGCAGUUGGUGGCCGAACAGCUCAGCGGCGCAUAUGAGGCUCGGGACCCAACCAUGGCGAAAUACCUGGCACAGGUGAGGGACCUGACUGCUAAGUUCCCUUAUUUCACAUUAUCCAAUGUCCCAAGGGGGGAGAACGAGCGGGCCGACGCAUUGGCCAAGCUGGCGUCGAAACCGACCUGCAAAACACGCCCAGAGAUCGAGGAGUUUCCUGCCCGCGCCACCGAAAUAGCGAUUACGGCCCCCGGAAAUGCCCCGAUCACGUGGGUACAGGAGCUGCUGCGUUUCAAGCGGGAUGGGAUCCUUCCCCGCGACGAGGUAGCAGCUCGACGGCUGCACCGUACGCACGCGUGGUACGCCGAAGAAGGUGGCCGGCUUUAUAGGCGGUCCUUCACCUAUCCCCUCUUACGGUGCCUAGAGCCGGAGGAGGCCCAGACGGUCUUGGCUGAAGUCCACGAAGGGGUCUGCAGAGACCACAGCGGAGGGCGAACCCUGGCGCACAAAUUGCUUCGCCAGGGGUACUACUGGCCGAGCAUGUGCCGGGACGCAAAAGCUUACGCUCAGCAUUUCGGCGCAUGCCAAGAACACGCCCGCACGCCCCGACAGCCCGCUAUCCCUCUCAACCCCGUCACGUGCGCAUGGCCGUUCGCGCAGUGGGGGUUAGACCUCCUCGGCCCUUUCCCGCCGGCUUCGGGACAACAGAAAUAUAUCAUCGUGGGGGUAGAUUACUUCACAAAGUGGGUCGAGGCCGAGCCAUUGGCGACGAUCACGGAGCACCAAAUGGAGAAGUUCGUAUGGAGAAACAUAGUGACUCGGUUCGGGGUGCCCAGGGCCAUUAUUACGAAUAACGGACCGCAGUUCGCGGGCAGAAGGUUCAGGGAGUUCUGCGCAGGUCAUGGCAUCCAACUAAGGUUCAGCUCGGUAGCACACCCUCAGACGAACGGACUGGCAAAGGUGACCAACCGAUCCAUCCUGGACGGACUCAAAAGAAGGGUGUCCGCGGCCCGGUCUACCUAG